UCUUCCUCCCUCCUCCUCUUCUUCUCUCCUCCUCUUCUUCUCUCCUCUUACUCCCUCCUGAUCUCCGUUGAGCCCUGGGGGCCUUCAAUUGACCGGAGGCUCUGGGCCCUGAUUGGCUGAGGGAGGGUCGUUUCUUUGGCUGCGUAAGACUAUUGCUGGCCUACACACUGCAUAUCUACUACUGGGAUAUACAAGACACUUACUGGUGGAUGUGGGGAGCAUCCCAGUACAACCACAGUCUUCUACUGGUGGACACUGGUAGCUGUCAUUUAAUAACGGUUACCUGGUCCAAUACAAACGUAAUUUAAUAACGGUUAACGGUUGGGAGAGGCGUCAACGUAUCAUUACAACGCAACAGAAUGGCGACCUUUUCAACCACCUGUGAGGAGGGGGGCGGCGACUCCCGGAGGUAAACCCGUCGACCUGCACGAUGACAUCAUCUAUAAGGCAGCAGCACGAGCGGCAGGAUGCUGUUGGAUGGGGGGGGGGUUAGGUCGCUAGCUACAUCACACCACAUACAUCUUCUCACGCGCAAGCCCGCACUCUUCCCUCCCUUGCGCCGCUCCAGGGUGUACACCGCCGUGCACGUGACACAGCUUAUCCUCUUUCACGCGCUCCCAGUUCGGUUCCGUCUCGCGGGAGAGAGGACGUUCGUUCAUCUGUGCGGAUGGGGGCGCGCGUGUGUCUGGCCAGUUAUCACCUUUAUCCAACCGCCGGUUACCUUGGAAACGAGACAUAGGUGAGUAAAGGAGGGCGACUAUGUGGUGAUCCCCGACGGCUCCCGAGGCGCUCGGAGAUCCACCGUAUCCAGGGCGAUGCACGGCGGCCGACCGGACAUGAUCUCCGGGGCAGCUGUUACCGACCAGGAGCGACGGCCGGGUGUCGCGUGCGCAGAGCUGGCCGUCCGUCCUCAACUUUGUCAGAGUGCCAUACCGUCACCACGUCACGGGGCGUAGCGGGGGGUAGGGGGGAACACGACACGUCUACCGGGGGGCGGUGAGGCUCGCGGCUCCGUCGCUUCGGUGGGGGAACAGCGUCGCGUGAGCAUCUAUGCGAUUGCGUGUCGGCUCUGAAUCUCACGAUGAGCGCCGAGGAGGGAGAGGCGGGAGAGACGGGCCCUGCCACAGGGGGAGAGGAGCAGCGGGAGGGCUGCACGACGACAACUGGCGCCACGGGGGAAUACCCGCGAGGACGCCCACGCGACGUGGACGAACCGCGCGAAGGGUCUGGUGGGAAUGAACCGGCGGGGGAACCGGAGAGCGACGGGGAGGACGAGGAUCGGGAAGAGGAGGAGGACGAGGAGGAGGGCGCGAUGGGGGGUCGUCUUUGCGGUGACAAGUCCCCUGCCGCCCUGCACUCCAGCAGCAGCAGCGAGUCCUGUAUCCCUACGCCAAGCUGCCGGAUCUGCUUCCAGGGCGCCGAACAGGGCGACCUGCUGAACCCGUGCCGCUGUGACGGCUCGGUGCGCUACACCCACCAGACCUGCUUGCUGAAGUGGAUCAGCGAGCGCGGCUGCUGGAGCUGUGAGCUCUGCUGCUACCACUUCAACAUCCUGGCCAUCACCAUGAAGAGGCCCUGGCAGUGGCAGAGCAUCAGCAUCACGCUGGUGGAGAAGGUCCAGAUGGUGGCUGUGUUCCUGGGCUCGCUGUUCCUCAUGGCCUCCAUCACCUGGCUGCUGUGGUCGGCACUCAGCCCCCAGGCCCUCUGGCAGCGUCGCGACGUGCUCUUCCAGAUCUGCUAUGGCAUGUACGGCUUCAUGGACCUGGUCUGUGUCGGCCUCAUCGUGCACGAGGGCGCGGCCGUGCACGGUGUCUUCCUGCGCUGGCGGGCGGUCAACCUGCACUGGGACGUCCGCAGUUACGACAAGGCGGCGGACCUGGAGGAGAGCAGCGCGGGGGGCCCCGCCGCCCCCCUCGUCCCCCGGACUCUCUGGCUGCCCCUGGGCCCCCUGGGGGAGAGGCCCCUGCAGACCUCCGAGCUGGCCCCCAACAGCCCCUGGAGCUGCCCCUGCUGGCCCUACCUCUGCCCAUGCGGAGCGGGGCCCGGCGGGGGGGGGGCCCGGGGGUCCGGGGAGGUGGUGGUGCGGGUCACGUCGGUGUGAUGUCACGGAGAGGACAAUGGCGAGGGAGAGGGGGGUGGUCCGGACCCAGAGUCCUGGUGAAUAUUGUCCGAUUUCUGGGUCUGGACGGCGGUCUCUGAUCCGGAGUCAGGUCAGAUCUUUGGGUCUGGAUGCUGGUCUCUGAUCCGGAGUCAGCUCAGAUCUCUGGAAGCUGGUUUCUGAUCCGGGGAAUGGACCACAAACCACCGCUGUGCUGCUGUCGGUUAUUGUUUAAUAUCUAAUUGAAUGUAACAUUCUUUAUGGCAGUCCUGGUUCUUCUUCCACCCCUUGGAUUUGUAGCCUCUUGCUGUUUUUUGAAGACAUCUUCGAACUGUUAACAGACUAGGUGGAGCCAUGAGGCGGGUCCGCUAGGCCGGGUCAGACCGGUUCCACACAACUUAAAGGACCUUUAAAAUCAAAGGGUCGGUUGUUUGUACCAGUGUGAAAUUCUCUGUUGAGCUUCCGAAAACCUGUUUUAUUUUUCCUUCCCGACCCAGGAAGAACUGGUUCAUUCCGGUGCCUUAGCACGAGGCUGAUGACAGGCGUUAAAAUGGCGGCGCGAGUAGCAGAGAUACGACGUGAAUGUGACUUUGUCGGUGGGCCAUCUAUCAAUGGCUAUUGAAUGUAACAUGAAUGUAAUGUAUAAAGGAAGUUUAUAUUCA